AUGGGUGGGGUCUGCACCAAUGUUGGGAAUGCAGUUGCAGCCUUGGUUGCAAAUGAUGUGCAGCACACCAAGCUUUGGAAGGCCAUGCUGCUGUUGGGUGGACAAGGUUGCUUUUUGCAGGGAUUUUACUGGCAGCUGGUCUUGCCUUCUGACCAAAACAAAAAGAGUACCAACUGUGAAGAAGGUGUUGCUUCCAUGCAGGAAUGCAGCAACAACAAUGAGUACAAUGACACUGAGUGGGAAAGCCGUGCAACACAGUUGUCAUGCAAGCAGAAGACAAACCGCCCUUCCAAUGGCAACCAUGAUUGCAAGCUUGCAGAAAUGCCCAGUAUCAGUACCAUUGUAGGCCCUAUUGUCUUAACUUUGACCAGCAGCAAUGGAACAAUUGAUGCUGUCAGUUGUGUGAAGGGACAGCCCACUGUAGCAGUCCUUGUAGGGGCUGGAAUUCCUUGUUGA